UCAGUUGAACUACCUGUAACAACACGAGGGGCAGCCCAAAAAACUUGUUCAACUGUCUCCUAAAUGAACACGUAGCCUCGUUGAACUGUUCCCAAGACAGUGUAACUACUUACUCAUUUUUAUAUCCGGAAACUUCUCAUUCACGCCUGUGCAACUUUACCCAAAAGAGUCAUUUUAGGUCUAACAUGACAAAAAUCCUGUUGGCGUACAGCGUUGUUAAAUCUCUGAGGCAAGGAUGUGUGGUUGGCAGAAGAGUAGGAGACACGUCUGCGUGGCUGAGACUGCAAACUUCUAGACUUUUUAGUGUGAAGGCCCAGACGGCCCACCUGGUCUUGGAGGAUGGCACCAGGAUGAAAGGGUUUUCCUUUGGGCAUGAUGCCUCUGUAGCCGGGGAACUCGUCUUCAAUACUGGCCUGGUGGGGUAUCCUGAGACCCUGACUGACCCCAGCUACAGAGGUCAGAUCCUGACCCUCACCUACCCUAUUGUGGGAAAUUAUGGGGUACCCAACAGCGAGGAGCUGGACGAGCUGGGCCUGAGAAAUCAUCUGGAGUCGGAGCGCAUCCAGAUUUCUGGUCUUCUUGUUCAAGACUACAGUCACGAGUACAGCCACUGGAACUCCGUCAAGUCUUUGGGACAAUGGCUACAAGAAGAGAAGGUUCCUGCGCUGUUUGGAAUAGACACCAGAAUGCUGACCAAGAUAAUCCGAGAUAAGGGCACAGCUUUGGGGAAGAUUGAGUUUGAUGGCCAACCUGUUGAGAUCUUUGACCCCAACCAGAAAAACCUCAUGGAAGAGGUCUCAACCAAGGAAAUCAAAGUCUUUGGAAAAGGAAACCCAAUAAAAGUGGUGGCUGUUGAUUGCGGUAUUAAACAUAACAUUAUUCGCCUGCUGGUUAAGAGGGGUGCGGAGGUCCACCUCGUACCGUGGGAUCAGGACUUGCAGAGUCUAGACUACGACGGCCUAUUCAUCUCCAAUGGACCAGGAGAUCCGUCUCUGGCCAAGACGCUCAUCGACAAUGUCCGCAAGGUGCUGGAGAAUGAUCGUCCCCAGCCAGUGUUUGGGAUCUGUAUGGGCAACCAGAUCACUGCUCUGGCUGCAGGAGCUCAGUCCUAUAAGCUACCUAUGGGCAACAGAGGCCAGAACCAGCCGGUGCUGAAUGUGAUGACGGGCCAGGCCUUCAUUACGGCGCAGAACCACGGCUACGGCAUCGACAGCGCGUCCCUGCCCCCGGGGUGGAGCCCUCUUUUCAUCAACGCCAAUGAUGGCACCAAUGAGGGCAUCAUGCACAACACUAAGCCUGUUUUCACGGCCCAGUUCCACCCAGAGGCUAAAGGCGGUCCCACCGACACAGAGUUCCUCUUUGAUGUCUUCAUGUCUCUGAUCCAGAAAGGAAAAGACGGCAAUAUAGUUUCAGCCAUGCCUAAGGCACCACACAUCCCUCCGAGAGCUCAGGUGUCAAAGGUGCUCAUCCUGGGUUCUGGUGGUCUGUCUAUUGGUCAGGCUGGAGAGUUUGACUACUCUGGAUCUCAGGCCAUCAAGGCCAUGAAGGAAGAAAACCUGAAGACGGUGCUCAUGAACCCAAACAUAGCCUCCGUUCAGACCAAUGAAGUGGGCACCAAGCAGGCCGACUCCGUCUACUUCUUGCCCGUCACUCCACAAUUUGUAACUGAAGUCAUCAAGAUUGAGCGUCCAGAUGGCAUCCUGCUCUCCAUGGGUGGACAGACUGCACUCAACUGCGGAGUUGAGUUGUUCCAGAGUGGUGUCCUGGAGAAGUACGGGGUGAAGGUCCUAGGAACCCCAGUGGAGUCCAUCAUGGCCACAGAGGACCGACAGCUUUUUUCUGACAAACUGAUGGAGAUCAAUGAGAAGAUUGCACCCAGUUUUGCUGUGGAGUCAGUAUCCGAUGCCUUGAAAGCGGCGGAGAAGAUUGGCUACCCGGUGAUGUUGCGGUCGGCGUACGCCCUCGGAGGACUAGGAUCUGGUCUGUGUGCCGACAAAGAGAAGCUGGAGGAAACUGCCCACCAGGCUCUGGCUAUGAGCAGACAGAUCCUGGUGGAGAAGUCUUUGCGGGGCUGGAAGGAGGUGGAAUAUGAGGUGGUGAGAGACGUGGCUGAUAACUGCGUCACCGUCUGCAACAUGGAGAACUUCGACCCGCUGGGCAUUCACACAGGUGACUCCAUAGUAGUGGCACCUAGCCAGACAUUGUCCAACGAGGAGUAUCACAUGCUCCGGGAGACUGCUAUCAAAGUGGUUCGUCACCUUGGCGUUAUAGGCGAAUGCAACAUCCAGUAUGCCCUGCACCCGCUGUCCCUGGAGUACUGCAUCAUUGAGGUUAACGCCCGGCUCUCCAGAAGCUCCGCUCUGGCUUCCAAAGCCACUGGGUAUCCCUUGGCUUUUGUUGCAGCUAAGCUGGCUUUGGGUAUCCCCCUACCGGAGAUCAAGAACGCUGUAUCGGAGAAGACCACAGCCUGCUUUGAACCCAGUCUAGACUACAUCGUCACCAAGAUCCCCCGCUGGGACCUGGACCGCUUUCAGGGCAUGUCCCAUGAAAUAGGCAGCGCCAUGAAGAGUGUCGGAGAGGUGAUGGCAGUUGGCCGAACCUUUGAGGAGAGUAUGCAGAAGGCCCUGAGGAUGUGUCAUCCAUCAGUGGAUGGCUUUGUGCCCCGGCUGCCACUCAAGAAAGCCUGGUCUGACACCCAGGACCUGCAACAGGAGCUGGCUGUGCCCUCCAUCACCCGCAUCUUUUCCCUCGCCAAGGCCCUUCACAGUGGUAUGAGUGUUGAUCAGAUCCACCAGCUGACAGCCAUAGACAAGUGGUUCCUGCACAAACUCAACAGGAUAACGCAGCUGGACAAGCACCUGGCAAACUACAACAGCUGCUCUCUGCUUUCACUGUUUGCUGGGUUUGCUAUUUCUCAGCCUGGCCAUAUUGAUACCUUGGCAGCCGAGUAUCCAUCCAUGACCAACUACCUGUAUUGUACCUAUCAUGGUCAGGAGAAUGACCUGGACUUUAAAGACCAGGGCAUUAUGGUUCUUGGUUGUGGGCCCUAUCACAUUGGGAGCAGCGUUGAGUUCGACUGGUGUGCGGUGUCGAGCAUCAGAGCUUUGAGACAGAUGGGUAAGAAGACGGUGGUGGUAAACCACAACCCCGAGACGGUCAGCACCGACUUCGACGAAUGUGACCGCCUUUACUUCGAGGAGUUAACCCUGGAACGCAUCCUUGACAUCUCCCAACAGGAGGGUUGCUCUGGCAGCAUUGUGUCAGUCGGAGGCCAGAUCCCCAACAACCUCGCCGUCCCGUUGCAUCUCAAUGUGGUGAAGAUUCUGGGGACGAGCCCCCUGCAGAUCGACCGGGCUGAGGAACGCUCCGUCUUCUCAAGUAUACUAGAUGACCUCGGGGUGGCCCAAGCCCCAUGGAGGGCCGUCAGCUCCCUGGAAGAUGCCAUCAACUUCGCCAACCACGUGGGCUAUCCCUGUCUGCUGCGGCCCUCCUAUGUUCUCAGUGGUUCUGCAAUGAAUGUUGCAUAUGGAGACGAGGAGAUGAAACGCUUCCUGGAGGAGGCCUCUCAGGUGUCCCAGGAACAUCCGGUGGUCAUCACCAAGUUCAUCUGCGGUGCCAGGGAGGUAGAGGUGGAUGCUGUAGCCAAAGGUGGCAAGGUUCUGGCCCAUGCCAUAACGGAGCAUGUUGAAGAUGCUGGGGUACACUCGGGAGAUGCCACCCUAAUGUUACCAACCCAGUCUAUUAGCCAGGGGGCGCUAGAAAAGGUCAAGAUUGCCACACGGAAAAUUGCGCAGGCAUUUGAAAUUUCGGGGCCCUUUAACACUCAAUUUCUGGUUAAAGGCAAUGAUGUCAUGGUGAUAGAGUGUAAUCUGCGAGCGUCGCGCUCCUUCCCUUUUGUAUCAAAAACAAUCGGUGUGGACUUCAUCAAUGUGGCGACCAGAGUGAUGGUGGGAGAGCCUUUGGAUGAGGCCAGCCUGCCCUCUCUGGAGAACCCCAUCAUACCUGUAGACUACGUUGGCAUCAAGGCACCCAUGUUCUCCUGGCCCCGGCUGAGGGAUGCAGACCCUGUGCUUCGCUGUGAGAUGGCCUCCACUGGAGAAGUCGCUUGUUUUGGACCAAACAUUUAUUCUGCCUUCCUGAAGGCUAUGCUCUCCACGGGCUUUAAGCUACCAGAGAAAGGCAUCCUGAUUGGGAUUCAGCAUUCCUUCCGACCCAACUUCCUGGCUACAGCCCACCAGCUGAAAGAGGAAGGAUUCAAGCUCUUUGCUACUGAAGCCACUUCUGCCUGGCUGUGUGCCAAUGAUGUGCCUGCUACUCCCGUUGCUUGGCCAUCUGAUAAAGGAGGAGAUUCAAGUUUGCCCAGUAUUAAGAGACUUGUCAGCGAGGGUCAUAUUGACCUGGUGGUCAACUUGCCCAACAACAACUCUCGCCACCUGAAAGAUAACUUCAUCAUCCGUAGGAUGGCUGUGGACCACGGUGUUCCCCUCAUCACCAAUUAUCAGGUGGUGAAGCUGUUUGCAGAAGCGAUCUCCCAUGCAGGUAAUCUCGACACUACCAGCCUCUUCCACUACCGUCAGAAGGAAAGGCAACGAAGAGGGGAUAACCAGCAGGGCUAAAGCUUCCUUCUAUUCCCUUUUGUUUCCUUUGUAAAACUGUUGAAUAAAUUGGGAGCAAAUGUUCAAAAUACGAUUAACAAAAAUUCAGUUUUACUAGCCCAUGGUGUCAAGAGGGAGUAGAGUUACUUUAAUGGAAGGGGUUGUCUCUCAGGAGUUAGCCAAACUAAAAAUCUGGAAUUAUAAAUCUUAGGUCCGAGGUCAGACGGACCCUUUCAGGAAACCUCCCAAACAACAAAAAGACAAAACAAAUGUCAUGCUGGAGGAGGAUGAACAUGGACCAAGCAAAAGUUUCACAACCGGACAGUAAAUAACAGCUUAUAAGUGAGCCACAAAGUGUUGAAGAAUUUACCAUUAUGAAUAAAUAAUUACAACUUAAUAUAAAAGGUGACUUGUUAUACCAGGGAGGGUGAUUUUUAUUUUUUUUUGUUGUUGUUGCUUUUCUGCUGUAAUAUGUGAUCAGUACUUUUAUCAGUUAAUGUGACGCAAUGACAUGUUUCCCACUACUCUGCUCUCCCUGGGCUCAUCUUCAUACAAAUGCUUUGGGCAGAUUCUGUUUAGCUUUUUUGGUAUCAUUCAAAUAUUUAGUUGUUAAAGUGAUAUUGGAAAUGUAUUAUGUCCUGUUUGCACGACUUUUAAAGAACCAUAAAGGUAGCUGUAAUAAAGGUUGUUUUGUAUAACGAUCUAUGAAACACAAUGAAGUCUU